AUGGCUACACGACGUCUUGCCACCUGGUCAUACAACCUCCAAUACUCAGAUCUUCCGGAAGAUGUGGUCCGCGCCGCUGUUCGAAGCUUCUACAAUUGGGCUGGCUGCGCCAUAUCAGGAAGUAGGCAUGAAGCCACAAAGAUUGCCGUCUUUCGACAGUAUCAAACACUUUCUCCAUUGUUCGGCGCACCUGCUGCCUCUCUCCUCGGAGAUCCGGGAGCUGCAAGAAUAGAUGCUCAACAUGCGGCGUUGAUCAAUGGCAUAGCAUCACAUGUCCAUGACUAUGACGACACCCACCUCGACACUAUCAUUCAUCCAACAGGGCCAGUUGCGAGCGCUCUUCUUGCUGUAGCCGAGUGGAAAGGAGGUGUCUCGGGAAAACAGUUCAUCACCGCUCUCGUGGCGGGUAUAGAAGCCGAAUGCAAGGCUGGACUUGCUAUUUGGCCGCAACACUACGACGUGGGCUGGCAUAUCACCUCUACCGUCGGAUCGAUUGGAGCGACAGUUGCAGUCUCAAAGAUUCUGGGUUUGUCUCCAGCAAAGACUAUCCAUGCAAUUGGUCUCGCAGUAACCCAAGUCACCGGACUUCGAGAGAUGUUUGGCUCCCACUGCAAGUCCUUCCAUCCCGGUCGUGCUGCUCAAAACGGUCUGCUGGCUGCUGUCAUGGCCGAAGGAGGCUAUACUAGCAGUGAAGGCGCACUGGAAGCGAAACGUGGAUGGGCUGCUGUUGUCGGCAACAAUAAGCCAGACGUGCUCCAGAGUCUCGAUCAUUGGCUCAGUACUGAAAAUGAAGAUGGCUUAGCUGGUCAGUGUACAGGUCGCUGGGAAAUUCUGCGGAACAGCUUCAAGCCUUUCCCGUGCGGGAUUGUCAUCCACCCUGUUAUCGACGCUUGCAUACAACUACACGCGGCACUGAUCAGAGAUGGACAUUCAUCGGAGCAGAUUAAAUCUAUCACGGUCGAAGUCCAUCCUCUUGUCUUGGAACUCACUGGCAAGAAGAGUCCAAAGGACGGCCUGGAAGCUAAGUUCAGCGUCUACCAUAGUGGCGCAUGCGGCCUCAUCCUCGGUAGAGUCACACAGUCAGAGUAUGAAGACAACGUUGUACUCGAUCCCGCCAUCAUAGCCAUUCGCGAUCGCAUCAGCGCAAAGAUCGACACCAGCAUUGCACCUGACUCAGCAAAGGUCAGUGUCGUGCUUCGAAGCGGGGAUGUCUUGACGAAAUACGUAGAGCACGCCGUUGGUAGUCGUGCAAACCCUCUGAGCGAUAUAAAACUAAAGAAGAAGUUCAUCGAUGGAUGCAGGAUUGUUGGAAUACCCGACGCGGAAGCAGCGAGCGAACGUUAUUUGGGACUAGAGACACUGGACGACAUGCGGCAGCUUAUGGAGUAA